GCUUGCGCAUCAUCCGACGUGCUUGACAGCCCGCUGUGGGCGCCGCGUCAUCUGAUCUUAAGAGAGGUGCUGCGUGCCGACCCAUCGGGGUUCCCCGGUCCCGCCGCAGCCAUGUCGUUCUUCCCGGAGCUUUACUUCAACGUGGACAAUGGUUAUUUGGAGGGACUGGUGCGCGGCCUAAAGGCCGGGGUGCUCAGCCAGGCGGACUACCUCAAUCUGGUGCAGUGCGAGACGCUCGAGGACUUGAAGCUGCACCUGCAGAGCACUGACUAUGGCAACUUCCUGGCCAACGAGGCGUCACCACUGACGGUAUCAGUCAUCGAUGACCGGCUCAAGGAGAAGAUGGUGGUGGAGUUCCGCCACAUGAGAAACCAUGCCUAUGAGCCUCUGGCCAGCUUCCUGGACUUCAUUACUUACAGCUACAUGAUUGACAAUGUGAUCCUGCUCAUCACGGGCACACUGCACCAGCGCUCUAUUGCCGAGCUUGUGCCCAAGUGCCACCCACUGGGCAGCUUUGAGCAGAUGGAGGCCGUGAACAUUGCACAGACACCUGCCGAGCUCUACAAUGCCAUUCUGGUGGACACGCCUCUGGCGGCUUUUUUCCAGGACUGCAUCUCAGAGCAGGACCUCGAUGAGAUGAACAUUGAGAUCAUCCGCAACACACUUUACAAGGCCUACCUGGAGUCCUUCUACAAGUUCUGCACCCUUCUGGGCGGGACCACGGCCGAUGCCAUGUGCCCAAUCCUAGAGUUUGAAGCAGACCGCCGUGCCUUCAUCAUCACCAUCAACUCCUUCGGCACAGAGCUGUCUAAGGAGGACCGUGCCAAGCUCUUUCCACACUGUGGUCGGCUCUACCCUGAGGGCCUGGCCCAGCUGGCUCGGGCUGAUGACUACGAGCAGGUGAAGAACGUGGCUGACUACUACCCGGAGUACAAACUGCUCUUUGAGGGUGCAGGCAGCAACCCGGGAGACAAGACCCUGGAGGACCGAUUCUUUGAGCAUGAGGUGAAACUGAACAAGUUGGCCUUCCUGAACCAGUUCCACUUUGGUGUCUUCUAUGCUUUCGUGAAGCUCAAGGAGCAGGAAUGUCGCAACAUUGUGUGGAUUGCCGAGUGCAUUGCCCAGCGGCACCGUGCCAAGAUCGACAACUACAUCCCCAUCUUCUAGGCUCCCCACAAGUACGUGUCCUCGUGUGCUGUGACAGAGCCCACGGCUCACCUGCCUGCCCUGGGGGACAGCACAUUGUCCUGGUGGCUGCCCAGCUUCCCCGACUCUGAGACUGUUCUUGGGCCUGAAAAGGGGCUGGGCACGUGCUCCCUCGACCAAGGAUGGACCAAGCCCCUCUCCUGAGCAAGGAGGUCCUCUCGGCCCUGUUUACAGCCACUGACAUGUCUGAGAAGCAUGUGGUCACUUUUGUGUCCCUCCCUGAGAACCCGAGGGCAGCGUGAGCCUCCCGUCCCCUCUAUGAGUCACCCCCAGAGCCAUGGCCCAGGCGCAGGGAUAGUGCGUCCUUGGGGAGUGGAGGAAGUAGCUCUGCACCCGGCCCUCAGCUCUGCCCCUCUGAGACAAUAAACUGCCCUCUCUAA